CACGGCGGAGCGGGGUCUCACGUGGAGGCGGAGGAGUUCGGCCUACAGGAGUGAAUACGUUUGGGGCCGCAGGGUUGAAGAGACGCUCUUCAGUGUCAGAGAGGCUGCGACAGUGUUCUGAAGGCAGCGAUGGAAGAGAAGGGGAUUAAGCUGACCGCAGCCUCCCCUGGGCUUCUUUGUUCCUAUCGUGUCUCCUGACCGCUCCUCCGCCCUCUGCCUCCUGACUCCACCCUCUCCAGGCAUGAUCACCAAGACUCACCCAGAGGACCUGGGCCUUGGGCUCCGGGAGAAAAAGAAGAAGAAGAAGAAGGUGGUGAAAGAACCAGAGACUCAAUACUCAGUUUUAAACAGUGACAGUUAUUUCUCCGAGGUCUGUCCCUCAAGAGCUAUAUCCCCUUCGAAGAGUGUGGUUCAAGGGCAGGCACCCAAGAUGCCGCUAGUGAAGAAAAAGAAGAAAAAAAAGGGCCACAGCACUGCAUGCGAGGAGCCUCCGGAACCUGAGGCCACAGGACGUGCCAGGCGGACAGAGGAGUCGCCUGGCUCCUGGAAGCACGCUUCGGGUCCGUCCGAGCUCCUCAGCAGGGACAAGAAAAAGAAGGCCACGUCCCCUGGUUCGAGAGUGAAGACCUCCCCAGACCCCAGACAGGGCAAGGAGGUGACCAGAGUUGGCAAGAAGCUCAAACAACACAAAAAGGAGAAAAAGGCCCGGGAGGCCACGGCCUCCUGCGCCCGGGACCCUUGGUUCUGCGAGGCCGGGGAUGCCCCGCGUGCUUGUUCAGGGGGGAAGGGUGGCCAGGAGCUGGCAGCUCCGGGGCAGAAACGGAAGCAGGGCAGCCCCAGGGAACACAACGCAAAGCUGAAGAAGAAAAAGAAGACCCGCCAGGAGGCAGACACCCCCCGAGGCCACGCCGAGCCCUCCAGGUCUGUGGAGAGCAGCCCUAGGAAAGGAAGCAGAAAGAAGCCCGCCAAAGGAGAGGCUUCAGAAUACAUCCCAGCAGGAGACAGUCCCAAGUCCCCCGCCAAGAAGAAGAUGAAGUCCAAGAAGAAGGCGGAGCUGCUGGGCACGGAGGAGCCAGCUCUGAAAAAGAAAAAGAAGAGGAAACAGAGCAAAGAAGAAGAACCGUGGGCGGAGGAGGAGCCUGACACAGACCUAGAGGUGGUGCUGGAAAAAAAAGGAAACAUGGACGAGGCGCACAUAGACCAGGUGAGGCGAAAGGCCUUGCAAGAAGAGAUCGAUCGUGAGUCGGGCAAAACGGAAGCUUCCGAACCCAGGAAGUGGACAGGAACUCAGUUUGGCCAGUGGGAUACUGCUGGUUUCGAAAACGAGGAACAGAAACUGAAAUUUCUCAAACUUAUGGGUGGCUUUAAAAAUCUGUCGCCUUCGCUCCGCCACCCCCCUCACACGACCGGAAGGCCCAACAUGGCGCUCAGCAAGGCGGCGGCCGACAGCCUCCAGCAGAGCCUGCAGCAGGACUACGACCGGGCCGCGAGCUGGAAGUGCCGCCGGGGCGCCGGCCUCGGCUUCUCCGCCGCCCCAAACAAUAUCUUUCAUAUCGACAGGAAUGCUUCCAGGUCAGUCAAGUUUGAAGAUUAAACGCUCCUGUUUUGUCCCCCCCAAAAAACGCCAAAAUUGCCUUGAUUGUUCAGUUAUGCAGAUAGAAGCCAUCUGACAUUCGUCUCGAAUCAAAGUCCUACGGAGAUGAAGGACAACCUGGGGUGGGGGUCAGCUCAUGUUUCAGGAGCCGAGAGAACAUGAGUGGCCAAAACCUGCGGUUUUCUGGGUUAAGCCUUCUUGAAGACAUCAUUGUGUAAAUACUGACGGCUAACAUUUGUUGAGUAUGUAGUAUGUGCCAGACACAUACUGAAGAGCUUUCCUUGCAUUAAUGUACAUACUUAAUCAUCUUGAAUAUGAAACAGGUGCUGUGAUUAUCCCCAUCUUACAGAUGAGGAAACUGAGGUUCAGGGAUGAAGUUGUAACAUUGCCCAGGGUCACCCAGCAGUAAGUGCCAAGUGUGCUUUCAUACCUCAAACCCUGCGUCCCAUUUCACUGCUCUGACUGUCCCCCGCUAGGGAAUUUCACCUGGAAUACCCACUGGGGAUUAAACGGUCUUCUGAUUGAAGGAACAGGAGUCCAUUCCAUGUCUAAAUCACAAACAGGAAGUGGAACGAAUGAUACAUGGGAGCCGCAGGCUCAUCUUCCUCUCGCAGCUUGGACGAGCUGCAGGCAGGUGUCUGAACUGCCUGCCACGAAGCAGGGGUGGCCGAGCUUCCUCUGCCGCAGAGAAACGUCCCUGGUCCCGUCUCGCCUUUCCCAGCUGCCGGCCCUCCGUCCUCGGUGCUGAGCCUGGAUUCACUCUCUGCUGGAACUGGACUCGGAACGAGGCAUUUUAGAGCGGUUAGUCCUCCACAGGACCCGAUGGCAAAUGCCCAGGGUUGUGUCUGUUAGAUUCUUUACCAUCACGAGGAAGUGAGUCCCAGGUGACUUUUGUGGCGGAGGCCGAAUGCCAGGAGCAGGCGCAUCAGGAUGACAGGAAGUUGCCUUAUCAGCCACGGGGACAAUAUCUCCAAGCCCAUACUCUACAGCCAGCCUCACAGCGCGGCGGGGACACCGACCCGAGUGACGCGUGACCACCUCUCCAUUCACCUAGCAUUUUGCUUACCAAACUACAGGGUGUGAUUGGGACACUUUCACAUCAUUUGGCCUGACUGCCUCCUUCAGACAUCCCAUCUCAGGCAGGAAGUCGUUCCUGAGGAAGCAUCCUUUUCCUCUGCUCCCUCAUCCUGUGUUUUGGCUUCACCAGGCUGGUGGAAAGAUGGCCGUAGCCAUUCCAGGCAGCUUACCGAGACUCUAGAACAUUCCAGAGGAAGAAGAAAAAUUGUGUGGUUCAAGGAAGCUUCCAGAAGCCCCUCAGGAGACCUUUCGUCAUAACUCAUGUCCAUUCCUGAACCAGCCCGAUAGGGGGAAGGUUCUCCUCAGGCCAGUAAGGAAGAGGAGCGGAUGCUAACGAGACAAACAUGGUGCCCACGACUUCCUGCCCCGCUGGGCCGAGGUGAGGCAGGCCUGCCUGCACCGUGACUAGCGAGCACUGGCCAGGUCAGGAGUCCUACACAUCUGCUAUCGGUGACUCAGGUGGGCCACUUCCCUCAGAACGUGGUCUUUUGUGGAUUCAGCCUUGAGAUAUGUAAUGGAAGAGGCCAUCCAAAUGCUAGCAGGUCAAGUUCUGCGUCUGGAGUUAGCUCCUUCGGGGCAGCUCCUCUGACGGGGAAUAAAUCUCUCCUGGCCUUGAACACUACAGGAGUCCGUUCCGUGUAAAAGGGAAGCAGUCGACUGUUCUCUAAUCGUUCUGAUCUUGCCGAGACAUCACACUUCCGUUUGGGCCUGCCUCGGCUCGUCAGGAAGGACUGUGGUCAGCCAUCUCGGGUGAUGCGGGAGAGCGGAUGAUGGGCUGUCCACCGUCUGGUCCCCACGGUGAUAGCUCUCAUUAGGGUGUGACGGUCAGGCCUCUCCCUCCUGCCGUGUAGGAUACGUGGUCCCUCUGUAAUAGGAUUGGACUUUGGAACUCACUGUAUCACCGCUGGCUGAAAAGGUCCACUUGCUCAGGGGAGGUUUAUUAAAGUCUGUUCUUAAAGCACAGUCUACCCAGAGAACGGCGAGGUGCCAGCGUCCCCAGAAUGGACUUCACCUUGUCUCUGCUGCUGUAGUCUGCAGACUGCCGUCGCUCACGGGAGCAGGGCCGUCCCAGGGCAGUCUGCAGUCCUGGGAGGCCUUCCUGUCUGAGCUUCUGGUGACAGCCGAGUGUCUGUCCUCUGCAAAUCUCACCAUGUUGCCUUGAGCCGCCCCUGCCCCUGCUCCUCUGCCUCGUACCUGGCGCCCUCCUUAGCCUGUCUGCAAGUCUAUUUGGUGUGAUUUCCAUGUUAUCCUUCAGUCUUGACUCCCUGUAGAACACAGCCUCUCUCCAUUGCAACAAGGAGGUUUGGGAUUUUUACUCAGAUCUGGGGAGAUGGGCAAGGGAGGUCUGAGCUGGAUGUUUCACAGCCCCGUUCUCAGACUUGCUGUCCUUUGGCAUUUCUCACUGACAGACCCUCCUCCUAUGGCAAGAUCCUUCCCUCCUUACGAUUGCCCUUAUCCAGCUGUCCCCCACACCUCGUGAUUCGUAACCACUUUAUUUCAUGGGGUGAUUCCUGCUGUUUCUGCCUCAGUCCACUCGGCCCUACCCUGAGGGCACCUUUCCACAACCAGACCAAAGAGACACGGUUCUCCCCUAAAAUAGAUUGUGCAUUCAGCUGUGUGAACUUACAACUGUUCAGGUUUGUGAUUGGCAGAAUGCCCCCCCAGAGAUGUCCGUGUCCUGAUCACCGGAACCUGUAAAUAUAUUAGGAUACAAAACAAAAGGGUGUUUAAGGUAGCAGGUGGAGUUAAAGGUGCUAAUCAUCUGCCCUGAAAUAAGGUCCUAGGUUAUCUGGGUGGGCCCAGUCGAAUCACAAGGGGCCUUUAAUGUGCAAGAGGGAGACAAGGGUUGAGAUUUGUAAGAAAGACUCCACAGGCCGUCGCUGGUUUUGAGGGUGGAAGAAGGGACCACAAGCCGAGGAAUGCAGGCAGCCUCUAGGAGCUGGACGAGGCCUGAAAACAGAGCCUCCAGAAGGGAGCAGCCCUGCCAACACCUUCAUUCCGAAGAUGCGGCCAGCUCCACCUCUGGCCAGUAGAACUACAAAGUGAUAAAAUUAUGUAGUUUUAAGCCACUAAGUUUGUGGUACUUUGUUAAAGCAGCAAUAGAAAACAAAUACAAGUCUUAUGCAGAACUUUUCCUCAAUUUUACCUUAUUUACUAAAAUUCUUGGAUUUUUUUAUUGUUCCAUCCCAUCCUUUGUGAUGAGAAUAGGUUUCGUCCCAUGUAGGUUUUCAGACGGGCAAAUUGCUUUCAUAAUUGGGUUGGAAAAACCACACAAGUGAAUGAAAAUCUGAGCCUCUGCCGGGCCAGGUGACAUGUCGCAGAAGCUCCUUUGGUGUCUAUACCCAACCUAAUAUGAAAGUCCAAAUUCAGAUGAAUGUAUUGAGUGUUAGGAAUACACUGACUCAGGCUUGGGAACUAAUGCCAUCCGAUGUAUACAGCCUCAACGUAGAAGAAAUACUUUUUAAAGCACAUCAUUUAUGAAAUUGCCAAUUUUUGUUUUUUUUUUCAUUUAAACAGUAUGAUACAGUAAAAAUGGUAUUGGAAAUAAUUUUGUGAAAUAAAGGCCACUUGAGAAUAUCUCUGAGCCACA